CGGGAGCGCGCGGCGCGCGGCGCGGAUCGGAGCCCGCGAGGACUGACUGACGGGCAGGGAUUUGGAGAAAGGAGAACAACCUGGGCAAUCAAGUCAUUUGUAAACAUUACGAAGAGUAAGGGUCCCAGAACAGAUCUCUGAGGCACCCCACUGGUCACUGACCUCCAUGCAGAAUAUGACCUGUCUACAAACACACUUUGCCUUCUCUGGAUAAGUAUCCAUAAGACUGUACCAGCUAAUACUCGCUAGUGGGCGGGUUGACCUCCCUUCCCUAUACUGAUGCAGCUUUUUACUGAGCAUUAGUUUGGAGAGCUAAGACGACAGAAGCUUUAACUACCUUCCCAGCUGUCAUUUUUUUUGUUACGCCUGAGUUGGCCUACUAAAUCAGUUUCUGAAGAAGCUUUAAAUAGUAAUUUGCUUGAGAUUUGGAAUCUGAGUUCUGCUGGAAGACUGGAUGAAAAAUUAAGAGAUUGCUGUGCUUUGUUUCGUGAAUAUUGAUGGAACACUUCAAAAUGAUGUUGACACAGAAGCAAAGAGACUGAAGUGGCUCCCCAGUCUCCUGGUUACCCUGAACUGCUCUGCAUUGCUUCAAGAUAGAUUUUUCUUCUCUCCCCACUUGGGGGAAAAAUAGGACGCCUCCGAUUUUUCUCUGGAUUGAGAGUUUGCAGCCAUGGUUAUCACGGUAACAAUGCUUUUACUAAUGCUUUGUAGUAGCACUGGAAGUGACAGUCAGCUAUGGAGCCACACAACUAAAUCUGAAGCAUUGGAUUUUGGGGCUAUACCUGCUGGAAACUAUGUGACUCAGGUAUAUUACGAUCCAGGACUUUUAGGAAUCCUGUUUCAGCUGGCGCGCACAUUUCUGGAAGUCGUACAACCAAAUCCUUUCCCUCGAGAAUUGAUCAUUGAGGUAAUAAAGCAGAACUACAGACAAGUUCUACAGCAGUAUCAAGAGAUAAUAUACUAUGAGAUUGGUUUCAUCAUUUGUGCAGCUUUGGGAAUUGUGUUUGUUCUACUCAUGCCUAUUUUGGGCCUGUGUUUCUGCAUGUGCCGUUGCUGUGACAACUGUGGAGGGGAGCUGCACCAGCGACAGAAGAAAAAUGCUGAUUGUAGAAGAAGCUGCUUUGCAACAACCUUACUACUUGUAACUGUAUUUAUAACGGCAGGGACCCUGUGCAUGUUUGCAGCAAAUCAGAAUCUUACCAACCAAAUUAAAGAAGUAAAGAAGUUGGUCAACAACAACUUUCAGGACCUGCAUACCUUGCUCAAUCAGGCACCAAUUCAAAUAAAUUACAUCACCCAACAGUAUGACACAACCAAGAACAGAGCGUUCUCUGAUCUUAACAAUAUUGGCAAUGUUCUUGGAGGUAAAGUAAAAGCUCGCUUUGCAAAGGAUGUUAUUCCUGCAUUGGAUGCUUCUUUCAAUAUGGCCAGAGACAUCAAAGACAGCAAGGAAGCUCUAGAGAAUGUAAUUGUCUCCAAGCGAACGUUAGGGGAAGCAACUGGCCAUCUUCACGCAAGCCUGACUGAGGUACAAACAAGUCUCAACAACACGUUGAAUGAUGCAGCUUGCAAAGUCCCAGGAACUGUUGACCACUGCGAUGACAUAAGAGAUUCACUCAACACUCUCAGCAUCAGUGCGGACUUUAACCAAUUACAAGAUGUGGAUCCUGAACUUGCCAGAAUAAACAAUGUCCUGAAAACUAAUUUUGAGGACUUGAUUCAGAAGGGACACUCAUCUUUUAAUAAAACUGCAGAAGUAAUUCAAAAUGAAACAAAGGCAAUUUCAUCAGAUGUAAAGAAAGUGCUCAAUGAUGUUGGUGAAAUGGUUUCGGAUUUCAGUAAGAAGCCUGCUAUUGAUGAUGUAAUCAAUACUUCUACUGGAUAUCUCAAUCAGGGUCAGAGAUAUUUUCUUGAGUAUCUUCCACAUUUGGAAAAAUAUGAUUUCUACAGGUGGCUUGGCGGAAUUGCGCUCUGCUGUUCAGUUGUGCUUAUUCUUACUUUCAACUACCUUGGUUUGCUGUGUGGAUCCUGUGGAUUUGACAAGCAUGCUUCUCCAACCACUAGAGGUUGUGUAUCAAACACGGGAGGCACCCUACUUUUAGCAGGUGUUGGGGUUAGCUUCAUCUUCUCCUGGCUCUUGAUGCUGGUAGUUGUGGUCACGUUUUUCACAGGAGGAAAUGUAGAAAGGCUUGCUUGUCAAUCUUUUAAAGACAACAGUUUAUUUAAGCUUUUGGAUACUCCCUAUUUAUUGAAUUCGCAGUGGAAGAAUUUCCUUUCCGGAUUUCUGUUUUCUGAACGCAGUGCAAACCUCACUUUUCAGAGUGUAUACAGAAAAUGCCGCAGAAAUGAAGGAGUAUAUUCAGCCUUCCAGCUACAAACUGUAUUCAAUAUAGAUGAUCUAAAUUUCAAUGCAUAUACAGCUAACCUGACAGACAAAUUCGCCAGUGUUGAUGUGAAUUUGAGUAGCAUUGUAAUACUGGAUGAAGAAGCAAAAAAUGGUCUUCUUGAUUUCUCUGAUAGUGGCAUCGACAGAAUUAAUUGUAUGGCAUACUUAAAUGAGAUCAAAAAAAAUGUAACUAAGGUGGAUCUUUGGAUGUUUGCAAAAGAUUUAGAAGUAAAAGCAAAUGCAUUGCCUGCGGGAGCAUUGUCAAAUGCAUUAAGGGGCCAUGCAAAUAAUAUUCGGGAAAUAUAUACGCAGCAAGUUGUGCCUCUAGAAGGAGCUCUGAGCAUGUUAAACCAAAGUAUUGGAACGCUACAGAUCAUAGCAACAGGUUUAAAGGUGAAAGUGGAUAGUAUAAUUGCUGCUGUUGAAUCUGCUCAGUUUCUAAUCCACCACAAUGGCACUGAGAUUGUAAAACAGGAAAUCUAUCAUUUCAUCAAGACUUUGAUUGGCUACUUCACAGAGUAUUUAGAUUGGGCGAAGGAUGUUCUGAACAAUGAAGUUGCGAUCUGUAAGCCAGUCGCUAACGUGGUGGAUACAGUUGAUACAAUACUUUGCGGUUUUAUAGUGGAUUCUGUGAAUGGAUUUUGGUUUAGUCUUGGUUGCUGUACAAUAUUUCUAAUUCCAAGUAUUAUAUCUGCUGUGAAGCUGGCCAAAUUCUAUCGACGAAUGGAUACAGAGGAUGUAUAUGAUGAUUUGGAAAAUGGUAGUAAUGGUUAUCAUAAUGAGCAUUCACAUGAUAUUCAAAGUCCAGUUUUAAUAAGCACUCCACUAUAUGAUACUUUGACCAGAUUUCCCAGAGCUUCAGCCCCUCCAAAGCUUUCUGGUUGGUGAGACACUCCUGUCUUUGGGGUUGUUAAGGAACUUCCAGUGGAUUUGAAACAUUACCUAAUUCAGAGCAGUAUAAUGGAAUAUUGGUAGACUAACUGGACAGCUGCUUGAAGGAGGAGCUUCAGACACUUUGGAAGGCGUAGCAACAGCUUGAGAGCGGAAGGCCUUCAGAUAAUUCCAGUCCAGCACGUCUCAGUCAAUAUGCACCUUAUUAACCAUUUGUAAGAAUUAUUGGCAAUAAAUAAUUGAAAUACUGUGCACAUAAAAAAAGGCUAUGGUCAAAUGGUAUCAGAAUAGUUAACAUCUAAAGUCUUGCUCAAUGAUAGUUGAAGGACAGUCAGGCAUUCUUUUUCCAUAUCCCAAAAUCUUACUUUGUAUACUUGUAUUAUCUUGAGUAGUUUUCAGUUGAUUAUUCCACAACAUGCUGCUCUGACAUUUCAGUCUGUAAAAUCAUUUUCUUUUUGGCUUCAUUAUUACUUUAGCACUUGUACUAACAAUUUUGUUAUGUUUGAAUAAUUUGAACUCAACUUUGUGAUUUUGGAUAUUUUUGUGUAAAAGAUGGGUAAACUGCAUUUUGUAAUUUUUAAUGUAGAUUGUUUUGUAUGCAUAAACUGUGGAUUGGAUUAUAUAUUUUGUGAAACUGAAAUUUAGAAAUGUUUAAAUGUAACUAUGCUGUUGCAAUUGGAUUUCUACUAUUAUGUUGUAUGGAUAGAUGUCCAAAUUAUUGGAGAUUUCUUAAGUGGAAAAAUAGUUUAUGAACCCUUUUGCUAAAUGUAUUGAAAACCACUCUUCAAAAGCCUGCAGUGAACUAUACAAGACAAUAAGGAUACUUUUCCAAUGUAGACCAAUUGUUUUAUUUCUAGAUAUUAAUACCAUGGAUAGAGCAUUUUUAGUGAAAUUGGUUAGAAUAUUAAGAAUCUUUUUGCAGCCAUAUCCUAAUUAUGUGCACCAAUUUAAAGGAUACGGUAUUCAAGAUAUUUAAAUGGGUUUCACUGGCAUUAUGUAGUAACAUUGUUUUCACUGGGUAGGAUGUGCAAAUUCUACAUACUUUAAUUCUAACUUAAAAUCAAAUUUGUAAAUAAUGUUCAAAAUUGUAGAUUUAUGGGAUUUUCUCUAUUUUGAAUAUUCAAUAAAAUGUCUUCAUAUUGG